AUACACCCAUUUUCCUCCUACUGAUUGUUUCCAAGGUCUACUUGCUGGUUUAAGCUCCUCCCAUGGGCUGACGUCAAUACGGAAAUCCUGAUCAUCUCAUGACAAAAAUUAAAUAGAAUAAAUUCUGUAGCAGCUAUCCAAGAUGAGUCAUUUCAACAACUGGUGAAGCAGGGUAAAGAGGAAACCCGUAGAGGAAACGACAGAAUAAAAGCCCAGUGAGGAACCAAGAGGUACUCCACUCCAUCCCAGCAUGAGGAACGCAUUGAUCACGAAAGCCUCUCCUCCACAGUAUAACACCUUCCGUGAUGUUGAAAGAGAACAGCAGCAGCAAACAGGGAAAGCCAACAACAGGCGGAUGUUCCUGGCCGUAUUCACAGCAGUCUUGGGAAAUGUAAGCUUUGGUUAUGCAAUGGUCUACACUUCCCCUGUGGUCCCGGAACUGGAACAUUCUCCAAACCUGAAUCUUAAAAUGAAUACCCAAUCAGCAUCGCUGUUUGAGUCCGUCUUCACCUUGGGGACCGCAUUCGGUGGUCUCAGUGCCAUGCUCUUCAAUGACUUACUGGGUCGCAAACUGACCAUCAUGGUGUCCACUGUUCCGUCGGCCUUGGGAUUUGCCUUAAUGGGCAGUGCUCAGACCAUUUGGAUGCUUGAUGUUGGCCGUGCACUGACUGGAUUUGCGGGGGGAAUGGCAGCUAGCUCCAUCCCGGUCUACAUUUCUGAGAUAUCAGUGGUCAAGCUGAGAGGAAGACUGGGCUCUACCUCCCAGUUUAUGCUUGUCUGUGGAUCACUUCUGCUCUAUGCAUUGGAUCUGGUCCUAUCCUGGCGUUGGCUGGCCGCGGUUGGGACAAUUAUACCAGCAGUAUUGGUCAUUAUUUUGUGCUUCAUGCCGGAAUCCCCUCGCUAUUUAGUCUCCAAAGACCGCGACCAUGAAGCUGUUCAAGCACUCAUGUGGCUCCGGGGGUCGGAUUUUAACUACUUGCUGGAGUACAGGGAGAUUCAGGAGGCUCUGGUUGGGAACGUGAAAAAAGUGUCGUGUACCGAUCUGCGCCAGGCCUUUGUCUACAAACCCAUGCUGAUUACCCUCACCAUGAGGGUGUUUCAGCAGCUCAGUGGAAUCACUCCCAUACUGAUCAACAUGCAGCUCAUCUUUGAUAGUACAUCUGUAAUUCUGAAAGGGUCCUAUGAUGCUGUUCUGGUGGGUGCCAUUCGCUUGGUGUCUGUGUCGAUUGCCGCCUGGAUAAUGGACAAAGCCGGAAGACGGAAACUUCUCUUUGUGUCAGGUAUAAUUAUGUUUAUGUCAACACUGACUUUUGGAGUCUACGUCAAAGUAAAUGAUGUAAGAAGUAAUGUAACCAACAUUAGCACUGUGGAGAGUGGCCACUUAACUGUCGAGCAUCUCUUUCAGACCAGCACAGAAAAGUGGUUAACCCUCAUACCUCUCGUCAGCAUCAUGGUUUACAUAUUUGGCUACGCCCUGGGCUGGGGACCAGUCACUUGGCUGUUAAUGUCGGAGAUUCUUCCAAUUAAAGUCCGUGGUUUGACGUCGGGACUGUGUGUCAUCGUCAGUUAUAUCACAGCUUUCAUCCUUACAAAGUGGUUCCUGCCAGUGAAGAAAUCCUUUGGACUCUCUGUACCCUUCUUUUUCUUCUGUGUGAUAUCCAUAUUCGCUAUAAUAUUUACUGCUUUCUGCAUUCCUGAAACCAAAGGGAAAACCUUGGAGCAACUUGAGAGAGAGUUCCGGAACCUGAAGGAUUCCCCUAACAAUGACAACAGUUGUGUGGAAUCUGGACGUAGGAGAGCUGGAAGUUAAAAUUAUGCAGCAUUAAACUCUUAUUUUCUUCAUCCCUUCUGAGAGCAAACCAGUCCUGAACUAAAAUUCUUCUUUGCCUUUUCUUCGUCACCUGCUGUUGUGCAAGGGUGUUUGGUGUAGGGGCAUCUCCACACAUUACCUGCAGGACUGUCGCAUUUGCAGGUUAGAUACAGAGCAAAACCUUCUCUUACUGUGUUUCUCAGGCUCUGCCAGUGGAGCUACAGCAUGGGUCAGAUAAAGCUCCCCCCCCCCCCCCCGUGCUCAUUCAGUCAGACUUCCAAUGAAGGUAGCAUUGGGAUAUACUCUGCUGAGAGUUCGCAGCCUCUGAAGGUGACGAACGUGAAGACUGGGAAAAACAUUUCCCCAUACUUCAGUACUUUAUAUGUGUGCAAUGCUGAUGCUGGGAGCAUGGCGACAUUGCAAACAUGUCACAGUCCUUGCUGAUUCAAUUUAAUGAAACAAAUUUAUUUUGCUGUAUGUUUUGACAUACAUGUAAUAAAUCAAGCUAACCUUUUAAAAGAAAAAUCUUUUAAAAAGAGGUGCUGAAACAAAAGAUGGGUAAUUCACCCACAGACACAUCCAGAGUGUAGAAAUGU